UCGAGCGCGCACCGGCUCGCCGAUGAUCCGGCACAGCGAUAAAUCUUCGUUCCGGAUCGGCGUACGGACGAUUGCGCCGAUCGAACGUGAUCGACGGCGCAGCCAGCCGACGACGCGCGCUUAAUAUCGUCUCGUUCGAUUAUCCGCCACGCGAUAAUCCACCGAUAAUUAUGUAAAGAGGAUGCCAUAGCCGCGAGAAACGCACACCGGACUCGUCACGCGGCUCCGUUUGUCGCCGAGCGGACUCGAAAAUCAAUUUUCGUUUAUCACGGUUUUCGAUCGUUAAUUGAACGUUCAAAUAACCAGUGGUUUCAAUGUUAGCCUCGAAGCCAGCAGCGCGCCACGGGUGCGCGCAUGCGCGGCGCCGUUCGGAUCAGUUCGGUGCGGCCGCGCGAUUGACACAUGUGCUUGUUAGGUUAGCCCGCGUGGUUUUUCGAACGUUGUUGUUUUGUCAGUGAAUUCGAACGCGGUUGGGAGAAGUGUCGAUCCGCGGGGUGAACAUUCGACGGACGCACGGUGAACGAUGACUGUACAGGAGAUGGACAUUUCUUUGAACAUCUCCGCGGAUCCUGCGAGCAAGAGGGUGGGGAGCAAUGACGAUUAUAUCCUUAGUUUAAUGAAAGGAGAGAAGAAUAAGACGGAGAAAGGCAAACGUGUUAGCGAGGGUAAGGUGAAACUGAGUUCUGUGAAAGUUGUGCCUGCUGGUACUAAACAGCGGGUUAAGCAGAAGUCUUUGGCGGCCAUUGUUGCUAAAAAAUUGGAGGGAAGUGGGUCAGUUAGUCAGUCUUUGAAGGGGAAUAAAGUGCAGAAGAAGGUGACAUUUAAAGUACCAUCCGAUGGUGUCAAUAAGAAGUUGAAGCAGGAAUCGCAUCGAGUUGCUUUGAAUGUAGAACAUAAAGAUGUAGAAGUGAAAAAGUCAUUGUCAAGUUCAGUUAGCGAAGACAGCAAGGCACCUGUUAUAUCUUUUACCAAAGUUACGAAAGAAAACUUUGGUAAAACGCUGUUAGCGAGAAAAAGGGUUAUUAAAGACACAGAUUCCAAGAAGACUCUUUCUAGUAUAUUUUCCAAAGAAGCAGAACCUCAGAAUACUGAAGUUAGUUUGUUGAGUUCGUUGAAAAGAUUAGACAGGGAUGAAGAUAUAGUUCCAAAAAAGAAGUCUAAAGUAGAACAGGAAGAGCCUUCAUCUGUGACAAAAGAAGUAGGCCGCAAUAAUAAAAAGAAAAAGAAACUUAAAGAACAGAAAACAUCAUCGAGUGUCGUAGAAAAAAUAGAUGUUGGUGUUAAAAAGAAAAAGAGACAUAUAGAAAAGUCUACUGACAAACCCGACAAUGAGGAAAAAGAGGAGAAAAAAGCAAAUGUUACUCACAAAUCCAUUGGAGGGAAGAUAUCUUCCCUCUUCGGUCAUAAUCCAGAAAUACCGAACAUUGGCCAAAGAUUUGUGAAGCCUAUAAAUGAACCAGUCUUUACAGGAACAACUUUUAAGGAUCUAAACAUUCAUCCUUUCAUGAUUUCAAACUUAGAGCAAAAUAUGGGAAUCACAGAAAUGACAAUAGUGCAGCAGAAAGCAAUUCCUCGGAUACUUUCUGGCAAAGAUAUUUUAAUUAGGUCUCAGACAGGAUCUGGGAAGACUCUAGCGUAUGCUUUACCUAUAGUUGAAUUCCUACACAAAAUCAGGCCCAAGUUAAACAGGAAUAGUGGUUUAAAAGCUCUGAUCGUUGUGCCAACUAGAGAAUUGGCUUUGCAAACAUACGAAUGUUUCUUGAAAUUAAUAAAAUCAUUCACAUGGAUUGUCCCAGGAUACUUAGCAGGGGGUGAAAAGAGGAAAGCAGAGAAAGCUAGGUUGAGGAAGGGGUGUAACAUCUUAGUAGGUACACCCGGUAGAUUAUUAGACCACAUUAACAGAACCACAGCUUUGAAGCUGGGGGACGUGAAAUAUUUCGUUUUGGACGAGGCGGAUAGAAUGUUCGACAUGGGCUACGAGAAAGAUAUAUCAGGAAUAGUAAGUGCUUUAAAAAUCUCCACCCCAAGCGAGAAUACAGACUACGAUGCAAUGAACAUACUCCGACAAAACGUGAAGAAAGUUUUCACGGAAGACGAGAUCGAGCACAUGGAAGAUGACACGAGGCAACAAACGCAAAUGGAGGAUCAAAAAGAUUCCGAAUCCGAUAACGAGACUGAUAAAGACGUUAAACAGCAACCAGCGUACCAUUCAAGCAGUGACAACGAUUCCGAUGAGGAAGAACCUUUCGUCAAGUCGAAAAAAUCAGACAAACGAAAGUCUCCGUUGAAGUCCUCGGAAAAGAAUGAUCCCAAGGUCUCGACCGACGAUACUCGACAGAAGGAAUACCAGAAUGACAACAGUGAUCCAUCCAGGAGACAAACGAUCCUGCUUUCCGCGACGUUGACGCAGUCCGUGGAAAAGUUAGCUGGCCUCGCGAUGGAGAAUCCCCUAUUCGUCGACGCUGCGAAGGAGAACCUAGAGAGAACCGGGGACGAGACAAGCGACCUGAACGAGGACUUGGUGGUCCCGCAGAGCGUGGCGCAGACGUACGUGGUCACGCCGGCGAAACUGAGGAUGGUGACCUUAAGCGCAUACGUCGCCGGCAAGUGUCAGAGCCACGGACAACACAAGAUAUUAAUAUUCAUGGCCACUCAGGAUAUGGUUGAUUAUCAUACGGAAAUUCUGUCUUCCGUGCUGACCAAACCGGUCGACGACGAGGACGAGGACUCCGAUCCGUUGGUCGACGUGGAGUUCUUCAGAUUGCACGGUAACAUGACGCAAAAGGAGCGGACGGACGUGUUCAAAACGUUCAGGCUGGCUAGGAGCGGCGUUCUCCUGUGCACGGACGUCGCAGCUCGUGGACUGGACCUGCCGAAAGUGGACUGCGUGAUACAGUACACCGGGCCAACCUCUGCGAGGGAUUACGUUCAUCGAAUCGGUCGAACCGCGCGAGCCGGUUCCUCCGGAUCGGCGACGAUCUUCCUGACGCCGGCCGAGAUCGAGUUCGUUCGAAUGCUCGAGUCCAGACGUAUUAGAAUCAAGCAGGAGAGCAUGGACGACAUCCUCGAUAAGCUGUUGACUCCCUUGUGCAAGCACACUUCCGCUCACGGCGCAGCAAUCGCGUUGCAGAACGAGUUCGAGAAUUUGGUGCUGGAGGAGUCGAAACUUCGCGGGAAAGCGGUGAAAGCGUACAUCUCCUGGAUCCGAUUUUACUCGAGCUACCCUCGAGAUAUGCGAGAGGUCUUCGACCGGAAGAAGCUUCACCUCGGCCACUUCGCGAAGAGUUUCGCGUUGAGGGAGACCCCGCAACGGAUCGGUGGAAUUGGGAAGAAGCUACGCGAGAAAGACAACAGUUCCAAUCAGCAGCAGCACAACAAUAAACUGGCGAACCAGAGGCCCGACGGGGUGCCCCGGAGGAAGCAGCAGCAGCAGGGGCCGCGCGACCAUGCGAGGACGGGGUCGCUGAGGAACGUCAGGAUGCUCAACACCUCGGAGUACGGAAGCGGCCUCGAGCCGGCCGUGAAGAAGCCAAAGAAAUCGUGAGCGUCGCAUUAUCACCUCGACUGGCUGGUAAACAGAAUGCGAUUUCGUUUGCCGUGAUUCCCACCUCUCGUGUAAAUACUCACCCUCCUUUUAACCGUACGGUUAACCGGGCGAAAUCAGGUUACCGGACUUUCCGCGAAUCCCCGGACUGUUCGUUUUGUCCCCGUUACACGCGGCUUGCGUAACCGCUACUGCCGCGAGCGAUCCUAUCUUGUACAGAAUUGUUGUUGUCGCCGGUGUUUCGGCGCGCCCGCGUGUCACGUCGAGAAAUAAAUUUUUGGUAAAGGAAAU